AAUUAAUAAAAAUAUGAAACAACGAUAAAAAUCUCACACUUACUUAUACAAACAAAUAUGUAAACAUUUGAAUGUACCUUGUUCAUCAGGAUUAUUAAAUGGGAUUUAGGAGACCGAAAUAGUUUUAAUUUUAGAACAGUUAGGGUUAAAGGGUAUAAAAAUAAAAUAUAUAUAGAUAUCGAACCUCUAUAAUUAUUGUUAUCUUAAUGUAAAUUCAAAACAAUAAUAUUGAAAAGUAUGUAGAAGAACUUAAAACUCAAUAAAUCUAUGGCAAAUGAUAAUUAUUAAAAAGAAUUGUUAGAGAUCUUGAGAGUGAUUACUAAGUUAUUCACAAAGAGCUUAGAUGUGAUAACAUUUGUAAUUCGAGAUAUAAGAAUGAGUAGUGAACAUAUGCAGAUAAUAUCUUAAGGCAUAGCAGUAGUUUAAUCUUUAAAAGAGCUGCGUAUUAUAUAGUGUUUGAUGACAUCGAAUCAUUUCAGCAUACUUUAACCAUCAUUAAUUUAGAAUUCAUCUCUUCAUAUUGUAGAUUUUUCUCACAAUUAUCUAACUCAUUAAAUUGGAGUAAUGUUAGGAUAAUUACUAUCAGAACAUGGUAAGAGAAGAGAUAGUGUGGAUUAUUUGUACAGAACAAAAGGAGAAAAUCCUGAAGAAGACAUUUCUAAGAUAGGAAUAGGUGAAUUAGAUUUAUCCUAUAAUAAAUUAAAUGAUUAAUUUGUUAAAGAUAUUGUUCCUUAUCUAGAAAGAGAUCGAUGGAUAAAAUCUAUUAAUUUGAAAUAUAAUGCUAUUUAAAAAGAUGGAUUUGAAUUACUUAUCCAAUUACUUGAUAAAAAUACUACUAUAACAAGUUUAGAUAUUCGGAGAAAUUUAGGAACAACUCAAUAAUUCUAAAAAGAGAUUCUAAAAAAAUUAAUGAGAAAUAAAAAUAUAAAAAAUGAUUUGUAAGAAUAAAGAAUGGAGGAAGAAAAUGAAAACAUUUUGGUAAAUGUUUCUGCCAUUCCAUAAAAUCUAUUAUCUAUAAUAUCAGAUUAAGAAAGUCCUGUUAUGUCAUUCGGAGUUUUCGAACCUAAUAAUUAAACUAAAUAAAUGUCAAUAUCAGGAAGACAAGAUUAAUUUAAGUUCAAGUCUGGCUAUAAAAAUAAUGAUUCUGGAUGUUUGGAUUGUAUUCGAAUGUAAAUAAAAGUUAAAAAGUAACAAUAAAUUAUUUAAGUACUGAAGUAGGAAGUACAAUACCUUAGAUUUCAACUUUAAACAAAGCAAUAACAACCCUAGUAAUAAUAAUAAUAAUAACAAUAGUAAUAAUAAUAGACAAUGAACUUCUUAAAUUUAUCGGAUAAUAACAAUUAGCAUCCUCCGCCAUAAGAAAUAGAAUAGGAAGAUAUUUUGAAUAAAAUAGAAUACAUGAUGAAUGAAUUAACUAGAAUGAUGGAUGGUUUAGAUGCUCAAGGAAGUGUAACCAAUAAUCUUAAUGCUCAUCUUUCAAGUACACUUAUUGGAUAAGAUUACACUCGAGUAAUAUGUGAAAGAGAAGAUAGAGCUAAUGAUUUUAUGAAUAUCCUAGGAGACAAUAGCCAAAACAAUUCAUCAGAAUGUUCUGAAGAUGAGGCUAAAUCUUAGUGA